AUGGCAAACUCCACAAGUUUUGUUGACCUUUUAGCUAGUCAAGGGGUAGUUGACCUUGACUCACCCGAACCUCCCUUUAGCAGCCAAUUUUCCGAUAAGUCUAGGGUAAAAGAGAGGAGAAAAUGGUCACCAAAGGGGGAUAUAAUCCUCAUUGGUGCUUGGCUCAACACCAGCAAAGACCCAAUAGUCGGUAAUGAACAGAAAGCUGGUCACUUCUGGAAGAGGAUUGUAGAGUAUUACAACUCCAGUCCUUUACUGGUUGGGACAAUCCCAAGAGAACUUGGGCAAUGCAAGCAAAGAUGGGCUAGGAUCAAUGACUUGGUGUGUAAGUUUUCAGGCUGCUACGAGAUGGCACUGAGGGAGCAGAGAAGCGGGCAAAAUGACGACGAUGUGAUGAAGGCUGCCUUGGAUAUCUUCUACAAUGACAAGGGCAUUAAGUUUAACUUGGAACAUGUGUGGAGGGAGCUUAGGAAUGAUGUGAAAUGGUCCUCCACCUAUCUCGAGAAGGACAGUGGUAAGGACAAGCGCAAAUCUGUUGAUUCUGAUGCUCAAGGGUCAGUGACAGAGCCACAAGAGAGACCCAUGGGAGUUAAGGCAGCUAAGGCUGCUGGCAAGAGGAAGAAACUUGGAAAAGAAGAAGAACUAGGACAACUUAAAGAAAUGAUGGAGACCAAAAAGCAAAUCUCAAAUCAGAGUUUGCUUGCAAGUUUGGUUGCAAAGACCGAGCCACUCUCUGAUAUGGAAGAAGCUCUGAAAAUGAAAUUACUGUCUGAGAUGUUGUGA